AUGGCAACUAACAGCAGCUAUGCUCUCACUGAGUCCCACAAGGACAUGCUGGAGAAGUCCCUCCUUGACACCGACCCAGAAAUCGCGGAGAUUAUGAAACUUGAGAUCCAACGUCAAAGAGAAUCAAUUAUCCUCAUUGCAUCCGAGAAUGUUACCUCCCGCGCCGUAUUCGAUGCAUUGGGGUCCCCAAUGUCCAACAAAUACUCUGAGGGUUACCCAGGGGCCCGAUACUACGGUGGAAACCAGCAUAUCGACUCGAUCGAGUUGACUUGCCAAGCUCGCGCACUCAAGGCCUUCAACCUCGAAUCCGAGAAAUGGGGCGUCAACGUCCAAUGCUUGAGUGGUAGCCCUGCCAAUCUGCAGGUGUACCAGGCAAUCAUGAAACCUCAUGAUAGACUUAUGGGCCUUGAUCUGCCUCACGGUGGCCAUUUGAGCCACGGCUAUCAGACUCCCCAAAGAAAGAUCUCUGCCGUCUCUACCUACUUUGAAACCUUCCCAUACCGAGUAAAUCUCGACACCGGCAUCAUCGACUAUGACAGACUCGAAGAGAACGCCUUGAUGUAUAGACCCAAGGUUCUUGUCGCUGGUACUUCAGCAUACUGCCGAUUGAUCGAUUAUGCCCGCAUGCGCAAGAUCGCUGACCUUGUCGGUGCCUACCUUGUCGUCGAUAUGGCUCACAUCUCUGGUCUUAUCGCCGCUGGUGUCAUCCCAAGCCCAUUUGAGCAUGCCGAUAUCGUUACCACUACUACACACAAGUCUCUCCGUGGUCCCCGAGGCGCGAUGAUAUUCUUCCGUAAGGGUGUCCGCAAGACUGACGCUAAGACUGGAAAGGAGACUCUCUACGAUCUAGAGGGCCCUAUCAACUUCUCUGUCUUCCCAGGUCACCAAGGUGGCCCUCACAACCACACAAUCACUGCCCUCGCCGUUGCUCUUAAGCAAGCUACUACCCCUGAGUUCAAGCAAUACCAAGAGCAGGUUGUGAAAAAUGCCAAGGCUCUUGAGGUUGAGUUCAAGAAGCUCGGUUACAAGCUCGUAGCUGACGGAACUGACUCCCACAUGGUUCUUCUUGAUCUCCGACCACAAGCACUUGAUGGCGCCCGUGUUGAGGCUGUUUUGGAGCAAGUCAACAUUGCUUGCAACAAGAACUCCAUUCCAGGGGACAAAUCGGCUCUUACCCCAUGCGGUAUCCGUAUCGGCACUCCAGCCAUGACAUCCCGUGGUUUCGGUGAGGUGGCCUUCAUCAAGGUCGCAGACUACAUCGAUCAGUGCAUUAAGAUCUGUAAGGAAGUUCAAGGCGCACUACCCAAGAGCGACAACAAGCUCAAGGACUUCAAGGCCAAGGUCGCGGGUGGCGAAGUUGAGAAGAUCAACGAGAUGAGAAAGGAAAUUGCUGCUUGGGCUGGCAGUUUCCCUCUCCCUGUCGAGGGCUGGAGAGUUUAG